AUGGAUGAUCUUGGUUUUGAGGAUACUCAACGGCCUCUGCUAGACCUGGCAAAGCAAAUGGCAAAUCUUGAGGAAAUGGAGAGAUCAAAGUUCGAUGCUUGUGUCGACUGGUUUUGGGCCCAGCUACUGGAGUCUAUUGAAAUCGAAGAGAACGAAGGGUCUCAUUUGCCUCUCCGCUUUGAGUCUCUUCAAUUCCCAAGCGAUGAAGAAAUGUAUCGAAUCAAACCACAGCUAUUGAAUAACCUCAACAGGCUCCUGCCGAAUGUUUUUGAGGGCGAUAUUGUGGAAAGUGAAGGUUUUGCGGAGCUCAUGGAGACGAGACUCCCGUUCGUUUACAGGGCAACUAAACUGAAUACGCUUCAGGAAUAUUAUAUUGACCCAUCGGCGAACGCAUACUACAGCCAGCUUAUUGAUCCGAUCUUCACCCACUUCUGCAAAGGACUUGAUGGAGACAAUACAACCGAGUCGCUGGUAAUCUCAGAGAGACUUGUUCAAAACACUGCGUGUGACAAGCUUGCAAAGACAAUCGCCGGAAAUGCGGAAUCCGCCUCCUUCGUCUGCGGAAGUCUCAUUACAAUCCAAAGCAACGAAGCUUCAAAAAAUGACCAGGUUCCUUCGUCUCCCCCGGUGAGACUAGGCUGGUGCAUAGGAGAGGGCCACCCUGCCCACCUUCUUACUCUGCCUCUCUGUCACAAUUUACGUUCCGAGUCAGCAAUCGAGGGUCUGAGCAGCCUGGCACAGGACUGUGUGCCUGCUAGUUUUGGAAAGGGCGGAGAGGACGUUCUCGACCUUGAGUAUCGCAAAGCAGGAAAGCUUGAUCCACAUCAAUUUACCAGCAGCUUCAAUCUGUCCGACUUUCAAAUCCUUGAGAACGUGGAGCAAAUGCUCCUCCCAAACCUGUUCCCCGGUGAUAACAGCCAAAGGAUCAAGGCUGAGCUGUACAAGUUGAAUGUCUACUCUGGGCCUUGUGGGCUAUUCCGAAAACAUGUUGACACCCCGCGAUCGACUGCUCAAAUCGGGUCGCUGGUCGUCUGUCUGCCAUCUCACUUCACAGGAGGUAAUCUGAUCGUGCGACACCAAGGAAAAGAAGUCGAUUUAGAUUGGAGUCAGCAUAGUGAGAACACUAUCCAGUGGGCUGCAUUCUACAGUGACUGUGAGCACGAGAUCAAGACCAUCACAGCAGGACAAAGAAUCACAUUGACAUACAAUCUGUAUGUCACUCGGCCAACAGCAGUGGGGCUUUCUGUUCCAACGGAAAUAGUCAUUGACCCCAAGAGCUUGUCGUCAUACGCGUGCUUGAAACAUGCCUUGAUGAAUCCGGAGUUUUUCAGAAUGGGUAAGUUCACGUUACCCAAAGAUUGGCUGUUUGGUUUCCCUCUGGGUGAUUAUGUUGACCCCGUUCUAGGUGGCAUCCUCGGCAUUCAUUGCUCGCACGCCUAUCCCCAUACCUCCGAAGGAUUCAGUGACUUGCUACCGAACGCUUUGAAAGGUGCCGACCUUGAGCUCUUUUCAAUCUUCAAACGCCUAGGCAUCUAUGUUGUGGUUCGUCCGGUAUUUGACAGCGAAACCAAAGAGCUAAAGCGAGCCUACAACGACAAGCUAGAUCAACUCCAGGAAGACGACUACCAGGAAUUUCUUUCGUCGUUGCCCGUUGGGCCUUCAAACAUUGACCUUUACUGGAAGUUCCUUCUGUUCUCUCGUCGCAUGAGGACCCUUGAGGAUGUUGACGAAUAUGCGAAAAAGAACAACAUCCAGCUGCACAAUCGCCAUCUCUCAGAGAGAUUCCUCAUCGGGCGCAAAUUGACUCCUUUCAGACAUUCUGAUGGAGACGAGCAGGAUGAUACACUGAUUGAGAUUCUGAUGGGUGGUCACCGCUGGGACACUUUGCGUGGUGUGACAUGGAUGGGUUGCCCGGGAAAUCAAGAAAAGGACUUCACCUAUCUAGCGUACGGCAACGAGGCCUCUGUUGGAACAUUCUACAGCUGUGCCGCGAUCAUCGCUCACAUCCCACCGUUCCAUAUUCGAGAGCAACUCUUUGCAGCCCGGGAUUGGUAG